AUGUCGGUAACAACAUUAUCUAUAGUUUCUAGUGAAAUUGCUGAAAUAAACAGCAAAGAAUCUGUAAUCAGUCAAUUGAAGAAAAAACAGUCAGAUACACCUUUAUUAAAAGUUAAUGAAGAUUUUAUUAUUGUUAAACAAGAAGAUGAAAAAAAAGAUAUUAUUAUUGUUAAACAAGAAGAUGAAAAAAAAGAUAUUGUUGUUAAACAAGAGGAUGAAAAAAAAGAUAUUAUUGUUGUUAAACAAGAAGAUGAAAAAAAAGAUAUCAAAAUCAAAAAAGCUAUUAAGCAAAAAAAAGGCGAAAUAAAAAGUAUUAAAGUUGAAAUUGAAGACACAAAAACUGCUAAUAAUAUUGAUUCAAUAUCAUUGGUUAAAAUAUCUGACAUAACUAAGAAAGAGCUUUUUGAAUUGUAUAAAAAACUGAUUGCAACUAAUAAGAAAUUAGAACAGCAAAAUAUUUCAUAUGAAAGUCUGUAUUGUCAGCAAGAAGAAAAAAUCAAGAAGCUUCAAGAAGAAAAUUCUUUAAUGAAGAUACACAUUGAAAAUUUAAAUACGGAAUUAGAUGGAAUGGACAAAACUGAAAAGCAGUUUGACGGUGUUACCGAUAUUCAAUGCUCUCAUUUUCAUAAUGGUUUAAAACCUGAUAUUUCUGUGACUGAAUUUAAAUCUGAACCAACAUCUUCAAAUGUUAUUAUUAUCGGAGAGCUUAAACGAGUCAAAUUAAUUAAACCACAUUACGAACAA